AAGGGUUCCCGAGCCUUUUGAAACUUAGGAUCGACAUACCCACAUGGCACCCUCUUUCUACCACUAUCUGCCGGUGGCGAUGGACGAGAGGUGGGAGCCGAAAGGAUGGAGCAUCCGCCGGUGGUGGCUGGUGGCCGCAAUCUUGGUGGUCCUGAUCGGGGUUGUCUUAGUCUGCCUGAUAGUCUACUUCGCCAACGCAGCGCACAGCGAGGCCUGUAAGAACGGGUUGCGGUUGCAGGAUGAGUGCCGAAACACCACGCACCUGUUGAAGCACCAGCUCACCCGCGCCCAGGACAGCCUGCUGCAGAUGGAGAUGCAGGCAAACUCCUGCAACCAGACCAUGAUGGACCUUCGGGAUUCCCUGAAGAAGAAGGUGUCUCAAACCCAGGAGCAGCAGGCCUGCAUCAAGGAACUUGAGAGGAGAAGGGAUAAGAUCGAGAAGCUGAACCAGGAGCUGGAGAAUCUGAGGACCCAAAAGGAAAUUUCCACCACAGUGCAGGUGAACUCAGGCGGCUCCGUGGUGGUCUCCAGCCUACUGGUGCUUGUGGCGGUACUGUUCCUGCACUUUUGAGGACCCAAUAGUUGCCAGGUCACAGCCUAUGUGAGGUCUGUGUGGGUCGUAGUGGCUCUGGAGGGGUCCUGGCAACCCUAAGGAUAUGAAGACCACUAGGUGGAGCCCAGAUUGCAUCUCCUGCUUUGAACUGGGGAGCGGGGAGGGAGUUCUGCUUUACUGCUUUCAUGGUUAUCGGAGAGGGGCCGCUUAUUUCCGCUGUCAUUGGGGGGCGGGGAGCGGGGAGGGGGCGGAGCCGGGAGGGGGCGGAGCCGGGAGGGGGCGGGAAAUAAAGUAAUUCGGAAAGAAA